UCUGUUGAUCACCCAUAGGAAGAAGCUGGAGACCAGGAAGAACCGGUGCAGUCAGCUGAAAGUCAAAAGUGCUGCUUUGCAUUGCAGCCUGCAUUGACAAAAUGGGGCUAGCUUUUCCUUUGCUGGUGCUUUUUCUUGCAGUUAUUUUUUCCCUUUGUAUAUUAAUAUUUGCGGGAGUCAUUUAUUUUGAAUUAUCCAACUCACAAAUCCCCCCAGGGGUGGCAUGUCCUGGGAAACUUCGUAUAAUCCAUGCCAUUAUGAUUGGCAUUGCAGUUUUGGGGAGGAUAUUUCAUAACCUAGGACUAUGCAAUCAGCUUGGCUUUAUUCGUUACGUAAGGGAGCAACUGAUGGUAAAAAAGCUGGGAGAGGAUCCAAAACUUUUCAUCAAAGACCAUCAAUUUGAAAAAGUGCCUGUAAGAGUCUACCAACCAAGAUCGCCAUCCGCUGGUGGGAGGAAAGGAGUUAUGUUCCUUCAUGGAGGAGGCUGGAUGUUUGGAAGCAUUGACACAUAUGAUAUUUUAUGUCGCUACAUCUCCAAGGAAACAGAAACAGUUGUUGUCUCAGUUGGUUACCGUUUGACUCCAGAACACCGCUACCCAGCAGGAUUUGAGGACUGUCUCAAUGCUACAGUCCACUUCCUAGAAACAGCACAGGAAUAUGGUGUUGACCCUUCCUCAGUUAUAAUAGCCGGUGACAGCGCAGGGGGAAAUCUUACUGCUGCGGUUUGUCAGUCUCUCGUAAACAAGACCAACCUUCCAAAACCAUUGGCUCAGGUGCUAAUAUACCCAGCCGUUCAGAUGAUUGACUUUGAUUUACCUUCAUAUCAACAGAACCGGGCUGUUCCAAUUUUGUACAGAGAACGUGCUGUCUUCUAUAUGUUGAACUAUAUAUGUGAUGAUUUGAACGUGCUAGAGGAGAUGUUGGAUGGCGACCAUAUACCUGUUGAAACAAAGAUGAAGUACAGGAAGUGGUUGAGUGCAGAAAAUAUUCCAGAUGAAUUUAAAGCCAGAGGGUACAAGCCCCGCAUCAUGUCCUCACAAACCGAAGAAGUUAUUGAAGAAGUAAAAAAUGUUUUGGAGGCAACGUGUUCCCCAUUGCUUGCAGAGGAUUCUGUUAUUCACCUCCAACCCAAAGCUUAUAUAUUGACAUGCGAGUUUGAUGUACUGCGUGAUGAUGGACUGCUAUAUAAAAAGAGACUUGAAAGUAAUGGGGUUCCUGUAACCUGGUACCAUGUUCAAGAUGGAUUCCAUGGGAUUGUCAGUUUCUUUGACAAUGGAAGCCUUUCUUUUCCUUCUGGGAAACUUGCGGUUGAUAGCAUUACUAGUUAUAUUAAGAAUGCUUAAGGUCUGUUAGCGGUUCCAAAAUUGCUCAGUUGUUGAUGUGAUAAAUACUAUGAAAAACCUUUACCAUGA